GCACAUUAUAUUGUACCACGCUCGUGGUAGCCACACGUCACUACUUUAAAAAAACUCUUCUUCGUUAAAAUGUGUUAACGCAAAACUAAUCAAAAAGUUUUUAUUACUUCAUCAACAUUUGGCUGAAUAGAACGUUACCUUUUCGGCAGUAAUUAAAAAAAUAUUGUCAACAUUUUCGCGGGAAAUGGCGACAUUGUUCUAAGUUUAAUUUUUAUGAUGUGCACGUAACAUUAUAAUUGAGAAUGAUUUUAGUUGAAAUAAAUUAGUUAUUAUAUUAAUUUAAGAAUAUUAAAAAAUAUAUUAAUAUAACCUGAGGUGCUUUUGUCAAAAUGUUUCCUCUAUUCUUGGUGUUCUUUCUCUUCUUUGGAAAGUCUGCGGGAGUGAUCUAUAGUUUAAAUGCGAGCGAGUACUACAAAAUGCCGGCCCUGUACGGGCUGGACAACUACGAGACGUGCGUGGUGGAGCCAGGGUGGAGCUACUGUAUGGUGGAUGUGGAUUUACACAAGGGUAGCAAUCCUGAGCUCAUGAGGAUGAUACAGGAAUAUUCAGAUCACAGAAUGAAACACUUCAACCACACACAAAUACACCGAGGCGUAUGUGUCACACACACUUGUAGAGAAUUUAUAAGAGAUUCUCACGCAAAUGAAACAUCGGACCUAAGUGAGGUCCUUGAGGCAUGCCUCAAUAAAUCCUUAUAUUCACAGUAUGGGCUUGAAGGUAGACUAGCUAAUGUACACUAUUGUAAGAAGGAUGGAGAUAAAGUGAUCAUAGAUAAUGGUGAUAUUGCCAUGGCUGUGGUUUAUGUAGUUUUAAUUGUGCUCAACGCUGUCGGAAGCCUGUACGAUGUCUGCGCGUAUGACAAGGAAGAUAAAACAGGGAAUCCAUAUAUUUUGGCGUUUUCAAUACGCAGAAAUUGGCGCAAACUGACAGCACCAAGCAAUUCUGCGAGAGACCCUCGAUUAGAAAGACUGAAAAUAUUUCAUGGCCUAAGGGCCAUGACAAUGUUUUGUGUGCUCUUCUCGCACACGACUCUUGUUAUGUCGUUUUCAUAUGUAGAUAAUCCACUCUACAUUGAGACGGCAUACGACGAUCCUCUAAAACAGAUCCUCUUCAACGGCAGCUUGGUGACUCACACCUUCUUCGUGAUGUCCAGCUUCCUGCUUGCCUACAACUUCCAGCUGUACGCAGAAAAACACAAACCCAGCUGGAUACAACUGCCGAAAGGGAUCCUUUUGAGAUGGCUACGCCUAACUCCUACGUACGCUCUGAUAAUGUUCUCUAUAUCGACGUGGAUGCGCCAUGGCUACCAGGGUCCGCUGUGGGGCCUGGUGGUGUCCAGCGAGGCGGACGCGUGUCGCCAGUACUGGUGGGCACAACUGCUCUAUAUCAAUAACUACGUGUACGACGAUGCCUUCUGCAUGCCCCAGACAUGGUAUUUAGCAUCAGACACACAGCUGUUCUGUCUAGGGCUACUCGUGUGUCUGGUAGCUCGCAAGUGUAAGACGCGAACCAUCCUCCUGUCGGUGUGGUUCGUCAUAGCUCUCGCUAUAGUGGCUGGUCAGACGUACUUCCAGGACUUGGACGCCGUCGUCAUUCAGGCACCAGAAGCGUACCGCAACCUGUACGCGACGGACGCCACGUUCCGUCUGCUGUACGCGCGCGGGCACACCAACAUGUCCACCUACAUCCUGGGCAUGGCGGGCGGGUUCCUCGCCUACCGCUGGCAGAACGGGAAGGACAUGGACAAGUACAAGAAGUACCGUUUUGUGGUGUGGUUGGUAUUCCCGCUGGGUCUGGCGGUGAUCCUCUCUGGAGGUUUAUUCUACUCCGACGGCGAGAGGGCGCCCGUCCUCCUCAGAGUGCUGUACGCCACCCUUUACAAGCCUUUGUUCCAAUUCCUGAUGGUAUUACUCAUUCUUGCCUGCGUCUUCAAAAUUGAAUCGACGUACCGCUGCCUGCUGGAGUGGCGCGGCUGGGCGUGGCUGGGCCGCGUCACGUACUGCGCCUUCCUGCUGCACACGCUGUUCCAGCGCGGACUCAUCGGCGCGCAGCUGCAGCUCGUGCACAUGUCCGACUACUCCGUGAUGAUAUUACUAGCUGCGAGUAUCUUCUUGACAUACAUGUGUGCGUGUGGCCUGUGGCUAUGUGUGGAGGCCCCUAUGGGCGGCAUCAUUAAAGCCGCACUCACGCCCUCUCGCGACGACACGGACAAAGAAGACACUACUAAAGUGUAAAUAAAACUAAUAACUUAA